AUGCGGAGGACCAAUAACAUAGGCGUUUUGGCCCUGGGCCUGGCGUCCUCCAUCCAAGGAAUCUCAGCAGGUCCGACGUGGCCGUCCGCCUAUGAUGAGAUCGAGGACCUCAUGUUCCUGAACAACGGGUACAACGCCCGAGAGUUUCCUAUACUCCUGCAACCGUGUACCAUCGCCAAGGAGCCAGGUCACUCAAUCGCUGCGGGUCUCAUCCGGACCGCGUUCCACGACAUGGCCCCUCAUGAUGCCUCGACUGGAGUGGGAGGUGUCGACGCCUCGAUCGGCUUUGAGCUGGAUUCGAACAUCUACCCAACCAACACCGGCAUUGCCUUCAACAACACUCUGCACUUCUAUUCUCAGUUCUUCAGCAGCCGAGCCCCUAUGGCCGAUCUGAUCAAUGUCGGGCUCUAUCAGGCGGUGCGGGCAUGUGGUGGUCCGAUUGUGCCCGUGCGAGCUGGACGUGUCGACGCCACAGGUCCUGGUCCGGUUGGUGUUCCUCAACCAACCGAUCCCAUGCCGCAGAUGAUUGGAGAAUUCAGGCGCAUGGGGUUCAGCCCCGAGGAGAUGGUUGCGGUGGUUGCUUGUGGUCACAGCAUAGGUGGUGUCCAUUCUGAAGAGCAUCCCGACAUUGUGCCUCCGGGCAGCACGCCGCUCGGUGUCCAGGACUUGGAUUCGACCAACGCCACCUUCGACAACGCCGUUGUCACCGAGUAUCUCGAUGGCACAACCAGAAACCCUCUUGUCGUUGGCGCCAAUCCCAAGGCUUACUCUGACGGACGCAUCUUUGGUCUCAAUGACCGCCAGACGGUGUCUGGCUUGGCCGAUCCCUCUGCCUACGCCAAUGCUUGCUCGGGCAUUUUCGCAAAAAUGAUCAACACUGUCCCUGCUGGCGUGCAGUUGUCUGAUGUCAUUGCCCCCUAUGAGCUCAAGCCGUCGAACCUCCAGCUCAACGUUGCCGCCGACGGACAAAAUCUCCAGUUCACGGGAGAACUCCGCAUCCACACCAACAGUCUCCCAUCGUCUAGCAUCUCUAGCGUCCAAGUUGUCUACAAGGACCGGACUGGAGCAGCAAGCGAUGGGUACACCAUUCAGGCGUCAGCUUUGGGCGAUGCCAACGGUUUCGAUGACACAUUCACCUUCUACGGCUUUGACGGAACGAUCCCAGCUUCGACCUCGAUUUCAUCCUUUACCGUUAUUGUCUCUCUCACCAGUGGCUCCACCCAGACCUUUGAUAACAACGGACAAGGCUACGCGAUCUCGGACAAGAUCUUUGCACAAACCUCGUACUCUUCCCUCGCUGCCACAGACGGCUCCGGCAACCAGCAAUUGACUGUUUACGCUGCUGCCCGCACUGGUGAGACCUACGAACCUGUCACCCUGUCGGUGGAUCUGAUCAACCCAAUCACGUACAACGACCUGCCCACCGUCAGCAGUGUCCCGACGCCCAUGACGAGCGUGUGCGCCGGCCAGUACUAUACCUUUUAUUCCGCCACGUUCGGCGUGCCCGCUGCUGGCGCCAACUUUACGAAAUACGACGUGAGCACGAGCUCCAACGGGGAGACAGUCUCGGACAGUUUCAAGAGCCUUGCCGGACUUCCCCUCACGGCCAGCGCGUCGCCGUCGUGUAGCGGCUCGUGGAACAAGAGGGCCGUCAACUUCAGCGCGUAA